CUCUGGCCGUCUCUGCCGCGGCGACGGCCUGGGUGGACGGUGUGCCCUGCGCAGGCGCGGAGCCUAGACCUCGCUGCAGCCCCCAUCGCUUCGGGAGUCGCACCCAGGGAGUUCGCCUGCUGGCGCGUCAGUGCUCUCUCCCUCGUCUGCCCUCCCCGGUCCCCCCAGCACCCUACGCGCCCCGAUGGCGGAGUUGCGGCCUAGCGGCGCCCCCGGCCCCACCGCGCCCCCGGCCCCUGGCCCUACUGCCCCUCCGGCCUUCGCCUCACUCUUCCCCCCGGGACUGCACGCCAUCUACGGAGAGUGCCGCCGCCUUUACCCAGACCAGCCGAAUCCGCUACAGGUUACCGCUAUCGUCAAGUACUGGUUGGGUGGCCCAGACCCCUUGGACUAUGUUAGCAUGUACAGGAAUGUGGGGAGCCCUUCAGCCAACAUCCCCGAGCACUGGCACUACAUCAGCUUUGGCCUGAGCGAUCUCUAUGGCGACAACAGAGUCCAUGAAUUCACAGGAACAGAUGGACCUAGUGGUUUUGGCUUUGAAUUGACAUUUCGUCUAAAGAGAGAAACAGGGGAGUCUGCGCCCCCGACAUGGCCAGCAGAACUAAUGCAAGGCUUGGCCAGAUACGUGUUCCAGUCAGAGAACACCUUCUGCAGCGGGGACCACGUGUCUUGGCACAGCCCUUUGGAUAGCAGUGAGUCAAGAAUUCAGCACAUGCUGCUGACAGAGGACCCGCAGCUGCAGCCCGUGCAGACACCCUUUGGGGUGGUUGCCUUCCUCCAGAUUGUUGGUGUCUGCACCGAGGAGCUCCACGCAGCCCAGCAGUGGAACGGGCAGGGCAUCCUGGAGCUGCUGCGGACGGUACCUGUCGCCGGCGGCCCCUGGCUGAUAACUGACAUGCGGAGGGGAGAGACCAUAUUUGAGAUCGAUCCACACCUGCAACAGGAGAGAGUUGACAAAGGCAUUGAGACGGACGGGUCCAACCUGAGCGGUGUCAGUGCCAAGUGUGCCUGGGAUGACCUGAGCCGGCCCCCCGAGGAUGACGAGGACAGCCGGAGCAUCUGCGUCGGCACUCAGCCCCGGCGGCUCUCUGGCAAAGACACAGAGCAGAUCCGGGAGACCUUGAGGAGAGGACUUGAGAUCAACAGCAAACCUGUCCUUCCGCCAAUCAACCCUCAGCGGCAGAACGGCCUCACCCACGACCGGGCCCCGAGCCGCAAAGACAGCCUGGAAAGCGACAGCUCCACAGCCAUUAUUCCCCAUGAGCUGAUUCGCACGCGGCAGCUCGAGAGUGUACAUCUGAAAUUCAAUCAGGAGUCAGGAGCCCUCAUUCCUCUCUGCCUAAGAGGCAGGCUCCUGCAUGGACGGCACUUUACAUAUAAAAGUAUCACAGGUGACAUGGCCAUCACCUUUGUCUCCACGGGAGUAGAAGGCGCCUUUGCCACUGAAGAGCACCCUUACGCAGCUCAUGGACCCUGGUUACAAAUUCUAUUGACUGAAGAGUUUGUAGAGAAAAUGUUGGAGGACUUAGAAGAUUUGACUUCUCCAGAGGAAUUCAAACUUCCCAAAGAGUACAGCUGGCCCGAGAAGAAGCUCCAGGUCUCCAUCCUACCCGAUGCGGUCUUUGACGGUCCGCUGCACUAGCCUGGGCUGGGCAGCCCAGCGGCUUCCCGGUGACUCCGGUGUAACAGCUGCGUAAACGAGAUUCCUGCAAAGAAAAGGACAAGCGUGAGGAUGACCGCGCGGCCACCACGCCCGCAGCCCGCUGGGAGGCCACGCACAGGCCACAGGCCCCCACCUCAGCUGCAGCUCAGGGGCCUCCCUCCCGCAGCUGGCCGAGCCACGUGACCAGGCCCUGGCCCCGGUGGGCCGCAGUCGGGCAAAUGCCCACCUUCCCCUACUGCCGCCGCCACGGGUUCCCGUUUGAGACUUUCCUCUGGGCCUCUGAUGUGCCCCUGGGUGGAGACAGGCCUCCUUCUCACCUACCCUCUACCACACAGCCCACAGGAGGGAGGCGGAGUGGCCACACCUGCACUGCCCAGCUCAGCUCUGGGAAGCCUUUGGUAGUCAAGCUCCUCUGGCUACAGGACAAUUCCUUCUAUUGUGUUUGGUUUGCUUCCUCCUUAUUUUAUUUUGUGGAAACCGGAUGGUAUCUUAUGGCUCUUCCAAGAUGUCCAGAAGCCGUGUAUAUAAUGUUUUUAAACAGAACUUUAUUUCCAGAUGAACUUUCUCAUUCUCUCAGACAAGGGCCUGGGGCUGUCUACCCUGAGCUGCCACCAGAGAAAGUACCGGCGUUCGCCUGCCAGUCCAGGGCCCCAGAGGAGCCAGCUUCGCAGAGGGGCUUUUCUUCCCAGCUGGGCCUGGUAGAGCCAAGACAUACCCCCAUGCAGCCUUGAGCCCAGUUUAGCUGGGGCCAGGAAGGGCUGCUGCUGGUUCCCAGGUGGACUGGGCCCCCACAAAGUUCAAGGAUCAUCAGGGUCUCUGAGACUUGGUGACCCCAGCCUCAUCUUCCAGGCGUUUUCCUCCCAACCAGGCGUGCCUAAGAGAGGGUGAAGCCCCGCACUUCACAGACCAUCCUCACCUGCCACUCAGGGCCCGGGUCUCCAGCUCUCUGCCACACCCACCCCAUUUCUUCAUCCCCUGGGCCUCCCAGCCUCCAGGCUGCAGGACUCUGGCUUAUUAAAAACAGAAGAAUCAACCUCUCAACAAGUCUUUCACUUUGGUUUUGCAAACACUGCACUCUCCUGCCUUGCCGUCCUCCCUGCAUCCAUUCAUUUCUCAUCCUUCUUUCUCUACCCUUUGUCCUGUCUCCUUUCCUGCAUCCUGGCCUCUUGUGGUCCUUGGUCCUUCACCCCAGUACUGCUGAUCUCAUGGUCUUCCUAUCUCAUAACCAACCUAUCUCUGGCCUAUGGUUUUGGGGUUCUUCUUGGGUUGUCUCCCACUUUUGACCUGGAAUCAACAAGCCCCUUUCAUGCCCUCUUACCCCCAACUCCAGGGAUGGCUAUUAUGAGAUCAUCCUUCACGCUUUCCAAAACAAAGUCCUUUCGUCUGUCAGGGACCACACAGGACCAUGCCCUGCCCCUGUCUGCAACUGCCACACACAUGGGCACCACCAGGAGUGCCAAGGAGACCCAUGGGUUGCAGGACGCCUCUGAUGAGCAGUCCAGCCGAAGAGCUGCCUCCAGGGGCCGUGAGGGGAGUAGCCAGGCUAUUGGACUUCAAAGGGGCCACCAGGGUCUGGUUCCUUCUCUUCACACACCCUCAUGGCUACUUGGUUAACUCCAUCAAACUCAGAGCUUCAAGGUGGAUCAGCCUGGCAUUCGGGAGAGACACACCCCCUUACAUAUACACACAAACAGUGAAGAUGGAAGCUCCUCUGGACCUGUGCCUUCUGCUCUGAGGAAUUUUCCAGAAGGACAUUUCCUGGCCUUCACCCACCACAGCAUCUCUGCCUUUAAAGCUCCUGUCUUCAGACAUUUCGUGGCCAAAGAGGUUCCAUUGGCUUGCCUCCUUUCUUGCCAUUCCUGACCUGCUUCUCCACAGAUUCUUUCUUUCUGGGAACCUGCCUCUACCUGCUUGGUUUGGCUUGUGGGGAGGGUAUUUUCUGAGCUAAGUUUUGUUGUCAGUGUGAGAGGCAGAAGGGAAGCAGGUGAGCUCUGAGACAAUGAGCCUGUGGAGCCUGUGGCCCCUUCCUGCCCCAUCAGUAUGGGGAACCUCCAAGGUUUGGCUGGGACCAGCCUGCAACUCCUUUCCCUAUAGUGCAUUGGCUCUGGGAGAGUGGCAGAACAUUCACCAUCUCUGCCCAGACCUCCUUUCCCUUGUGCAGUGGUGCCUUCCAAAGGUUUCUCAGUGAGGGGCCCUCCAUUGAGCUCCUGGCUGGUGAGAGGGGACCCUCACUGGGGAUGAAGCGAGGCUGACCAUGGGGCAUGCCCACCACAGCACUUGGUAUAUGGUGGGCGCUCACUAGAUGCACCCCUUCUUUCCCUCCCUGUAGCUCUUUGGGAGCCCUGACCUCAUAGUAAGUUGGGGAGGCAAAAAGCCUCCCUCCCUGAAUCUGCCUCUUCCACAGACUUCCUUGAAGCUUGCCCUGUCCUACCCCAUCCCUCCAGGUCCCCGUGGCCGAAGCUUCUGGGAGGAAGGGACUCCCCAUGCUGUUUGCCAGCUAUACAAGGCAAAUGCCCGCGGUUCCUCGGGUCCAACGUGGGCUGUAGGAGGACCACAGACCCGGCUGCCAUUCUGUGGGGGUGGAGAGGCUCAGGCAAGGUCUCAGGUCUGGCUGGGGAGCCGGCGCCUCUUCUUGCCCUUCUCUUCCAAAGGCGAAGGCAUCAGGGCAGGGACUGGGAAGCCUUGGGGAGAGUCUAAAGGGCUAGCAUGUGUCAAAAAAUAAACACAGGGUCUUGGAACUGGGUUUUGAGAUUGAGUUGAGAGCAGGGGAAAAACCUGAAGAUCGGCCCCUAUGGGGCAGACCAGGAGAAAAUUCCCUUGACUGUAUUUUUUUAUUUGGUUGUCUUUCCUCUCUGGCUUCCAGGUCCCUGUGCCAGGUGAGGUACCUGGGUCCCUGUUGUAAGUCAGGAGCCCUGUAGAAAGAGCCCUCCUUUUGUACAAGUAUCUGAAUGCUGCAAUGAGCAGACUUUUUGUAAAAUUUUAUAUUAGUUUCUAAUGUCAGUGGUGACUCGGUUCCUGGGGGCUGCAGCCAGCCUGGGACUUUUGUAAGAAUUUUUGGGUGACUCACUUAGAUGUCGUUUCCUUCUUACCCCCUCUUCCUCUGUGUAAUCUAAGUGCAUUAAACAUAU